CCUGAUGGGAGAAUGAAGGAGAUGGUGGGCGGCUGCUGCGUUUGUUCUGACGAGCGGGGCUGGGCGGAGAACCCCCUGGUCUACUGCGACGGGCAUGGCUGCAGCGUGGCCGUGCAUCAAGCAUGCUAUGGAAUUGUUCAGGUUCCCACUGGGCCUUGGUUCUGCCGAAAAUGUGAAUCUCAAGAAAGGGCCGCCAGGGUGAGGUGUGAGCUGUGUCCCCAUAAAGAUGGAGCGCUGAAGCGGACCGACAAUGGAGGCUGGGCCCACGUCGUCUGCGCUCUCUACAUCCCCGAGGUGCAGUUCGCGAACGUCCUCACCAUGGAACCGAUCGUCCUCCAGUACGUGCCCCACGACCGGUUCAAUAAGAUUUGUUACAUCUGCGAAGAGCAAGGCCGGGAGAGCAAAGCAGCCUCAGGAGCCUGCAUGACCUGCAACCGUCACGGCUGUCGCCAGGCCUUCCACGUCACCUGUGCUCAGAUGGCCGGGCUCUUGUGCGAAGAAGAAGUCUUAGAAGUAGACAAUGUGAAGUACUGCGGCUAUUGCAAGUACCACUUCAAUAAAAUGAAGACGUCGCGCCAUUCCGGAGGCGGUUCGUUCAUAGCGGGACGUAGGAGCCGCUCGACGUCACCUGCCCAAGAGAAGCAUGUGUCUCACCACGAGAAACCAAAGAAGAGCCGGAAGGACAAGGAAAGACCCAAACAGAAGCACAAGAAGCGUUCGGAAUCACCCACCAGUCUGACGCUGUCUUCCGCACCCGUUACCACCGAAAAGAGCUCCACCAACAGCCACGAGGGCAGUAAAGAGACUGCCGAGGUCAUCAGGUCAGAGGUGAAAGGCAAAAAAUCUUCCAGCCAUGGCACAAGCCACAAGGCCAAGAAGUCAGGAAGUGGGAAAAGCUCUACUGGAUUCAGCUCAUCCUCUUCUAGUAGCACAUUCCCAUCUGCAGGUACUUCGUGCGGCUCCUUGCCCUUCUCCCAGGACUUUGUGACCUUCCCCAAGCUUGAGCAGCCGCCACCGCAGCAGCCUCCGCCGCCCGAGGAAGAGAAAUACCGCAAGCCCGCCUCCUCCUCCUCCUCCUCAGCCCACUGCUCCCCGUCGUACGAAGGGCAGAAAGGCGACAUCUUCGAGCAGAAAGUGAUAUUCUCAGGCUUUGGCUCCAUCAUGCGCUUCUCCACCACGGCCGUCAGCCAGCAGAGGGGCCGCGACGCUUCUCCCGUGGACUACAAGGCCUCGAACCCGAUUGUCAGCCCUGCGGGAGGCGGCGGCAGCGUCCACAAGCGGAUGCCGUCCCUCAACAUGGAAGAGGGGGAAGUCUUGAAGGAGAAGAAGCACAAGGCCAGUAAGAAAAGCAAGCACGGCCCAGGGCGGCCCAAAGGCAGCAAGAACAAGGAAAGCCCAGGCGCCCAGCUGGUUGGGUCCACGGCGACCUCCUCUUCUCCCUUCUCCGGGGGUUCUCUGGUCAGCUCCAGCAUCGGUGGAUCCUCGCGGUCCUUCAGCCAUGCAGCAAGCCUUCCAAGCAUCAGUCUGGAAUCCCCACUUCUGGGAUCGGGGAUCUACACGAGCAACAAGGACCCCAUUUCGCACGGGGGUGGGGUGCUCCGGACUGUCUGCAGCACCCCCCUCUCCUCCAGCCUUCUGGCUCACCAAGGCACUUCGUCCCUCUCCCAGCUCACCUGCUCUCCCUUCGCCAGCACCAUCCCAGCAGCCUCCUCUUCCUCUGUCUCCACAACCCAGGUGUUCUCGCUGGCGGGAUCUACAUUCAGCCUCCCCUCCUCACACAUUUUUGGAAGCCCCCUCACCUCUGGGCUGUCCAUCAACCCCUUGCUGAACCAAACAGAAAAUAACCGGACAGAACCAGAUAUAGAAGACUGUAAUUUUGCCUGCCGGGGGUCCUCACCCCAAGAGAGUCUUUCUUCCAUGUCCCCCAUCAGCAGCCUCCCCACUAUCUUCGAUCAGACGGUGUCGGCCAGCGGUGGGGCUCUGGAGAAUGUCCCUCAGGCAACCCCAAAUAUUGAGCAGCUCCUGGAGAAACAGGGCAACGGGGAGGCUGGUGUUAACAUUGUAGAAAUGCUCAAGGCGCUCCAUUCGCUGCAGAAGGAGAACCAGCGGCUGCAGGAGCAGAUCAUGACUUUGGCAGCGAAGAAGGAGCGCCUGCAACUCCUCAAUGUCCAGCUCUCCGUCCCCUUCCCCAUGGUAACCACCAGCAACGGCCCCACAGGCCAGGCCCAGUACAUCCUGGCCCCCAACGCUUGCAACAGCGACUCUCUGAGUGCCAGCAAGAGCCCCCCCUGCAAGAAUAGCUUUGGCAUCGAGAACUCGCUCUCCACUUCCUCUGAGGAUCCUCAUUCGGGCUGUCCCAGCCGAAGCAGCUCUUCCCUCUCCUUCCACAGCACGCCGCCUCCCCUGCCCUUGUUGCAACAGAGCCCUGCCUCCCUCUCGCUGACCACUGGGGUGCAGCAGCCUCCAGUGAAUGGUUUGGCCAGGGCGGUGGGGACCACCCACGGAGGAAGUGCCCCCGCCAAUCACAGCCUGGUGGAAAGCCUCCUUGGGAACCUGGCCGGAGGGCAGCAGGUCCCCGUCAACGGCAUCCUGGGGGGCCUGAAUGGAGCAAUGGCAGCCCAGGUCCAGAAUCCCCUCUUGGCGCAGACCAGCGGUCCCCAAAACCUGCAGUUGUCCACCAACCAAAACAGCAUCAGCCACCUGUCAGAGCAUCAGCGGCAGCUUCUCAGCCAGCACGAACUCCAGCUGCAGCAGCUGCAGCAGCUCUUCACCUCGCAACCCCUCAACCCGGAACAGCAAACCUUGGUGUUCCAGAUGAUGCAGCAGAUCCAACAGAAAAGGGAGCUGCAGCGGCUCCAGAUGGCGGGUUCCUCUCAGCUUCCCAUGGCCGGCCUGCUGCCGGCUACCUCCACAUCCCUCCUCCAUUCCAACAAUGCGGCUUCAUCAGCUGCCAGCAGUACCCUCCUGGCCUCCAUCUCCCCUCAACUGCUCAACCCAGCCAGUUCCUUGAUGGCCUCCCCGCCCCUCAGCACCCCCGGCAACAGCCUGAUGUCCUCUGCCGCAGGGGCAACCAUCCCGACUGUCCUUUCCGCACAAACCAACCCUUUCCUCAACCUGCAGGGUGACAGCGGCGGUCAGAAGGGACUGAGCAUGAAUGAAAAGGGAGGUGGCCCCGUUCAGGACAAGGGCUAACUUUGGCAACCCCGGGGCUUCUUUCUGCCAUAGGAAAACAGUCUCUUCUCGAGCCAUGGAUCGUGAAACAUCGAGCGACCACACGCGAGUCUUC